AUGACCGUGAGCCUGGGACUCGCCGGAGCAGCUCUCCUGCACCCGGGGCCCUGUCGGCGUGGCCGGCUCCGAGCUGAGCACCUCGUGGGUAGGUGCACUGCAGAUGCCCCCUCUGCCCCUGCGCUGGAUCUGGCAUCUUGCUCUGCUUCACAGCCUUUGGCCUCCGCCACCCUGGCCUUCAUGGUCGACACACCCACCUCAGAGCUGGCAGCUGCCGGGGACUCAGCCCAGACGCUCAGAAGCUGCCUGCCACAAAUCCUUGUUCCUAACAUUGUUCCGGAUCCUGGUGAGAAAGGUCGGGGGCACUCAGUGUUCGAACGGGAGCCCUGCCGCACGGGCUGUGACCUUGGGCCAUCCCCGCGCCUCCCGGAGCAGGAGUUUCCGCGUCUAAGCCGCCGGGAGGGCGCCGAGCGCCCCCCUACCCCGCAGUGCCCCCCACGCGGCCGCUCGGCCGCCUGCCGCGACAUGCCCAAGGUCACCCCAGGCCCCAGCCCGGACCCCCGGCCCCGCCGCCGGGUUUUGGGGUGGGGGCCGGCGCGCGGCGGUUCCGGGGCGCCGCGCGCGCUGACGCCGGGCCCGGCGAUGCGGCGGGGACGGGGCGGCUUCGGCGGGCGUCCUCCUUUUGUGCGAGCGCCGGCGGCUCGGCUUCUCGAAGGUAAGCGGCAUUUCCUCUUCCUCCUCGACGCGUCUCUUCCUUUUCUAUUUCUCGCCUGGCGCUCGCCAGGGCCGCCGCUGCUGCCGUGCCGGCGCGGCGGGGGCCGCUCGCAAACCUGCGGCGGUGACAUGAGACCCGCCAACCCGGAAACGGCGGCGGCGGCGCCCGAGGCUCCUGCGCGCCCGCGCCCGCGCUCCCCUCGCCGCUCGCCUGGGCCGCCAGGUACGUGCCCCGGGCUCCGCGGGCUCCGCCGGCGCCGCCGCCCGGGCCGCCCGGCUGGUCCGCGCGCGCCCUGCGAGCCGACCUGCUCCCGGGGAGGGCGUGGGGUGCGGGGCGCGCGCGUGAUGGCUGCGGGGAGGGGAAGGGAUGCGAUCCGGGCCGCGCCGGGCGUCCUGCGGUUUGGAGUAGGGGCGCCGCGAGGGUGGGGGAAUCGGCGCGGGGCGGGGACGGGGCGCCCGGAGGAUGCGCCUCGGGUGGGCUGCGGAGGGCGGACGCGAGGAGUGCACGCCGCGGGGCCGCCGCCCGGGUCCACCCAGCUGCGGGGAGCGCGCGGCGGCGCCCGGAGGAAGGGGGUACCCGGGGUGACUGCUCCGAGGCGGACCCCUUCUGAGAGCCAGCCCUCCAGACCACCUGUCUCCGGCCUCGCCCCGCCCCCUAGGGGAGGGGCGGGAGCAAAGUGGGCGGGGAAGGAAGACGGUUUACCUUGCGGGGCGGGCGGGCGCGCGGCGCUUGCGCACGGCCGGACAGGUCCGCGGCGCUCACUUCCUGGCAUUGCCCCCUCCCCCUCCUCGCCGUUACCCUGUAUAUCGGGGUCAUUUGCCCUCCCCGCUCGGAGGAGCCGCCGCCGCCGCCGUCGCCGCCUGGCUCGUCGCGGCUCCGCCACAGGGGCAGGUGCGGAGGGGUUUCCGGUCCGGCCGCCGCCGCCGCCGCUGCCCCGCUCCGGGUCCGGGGCUCCCCCUAGCGCCGCUGAGGAGCCGCCGCCGCGGCUCGAGGAGGGCGGAGGAACGGGGCUGAGAGAGAGCGCCUGGAGGCUCGCGCGGAGGGUGAGUGGUUUAUUUUUUUCCCCUUUUCUCCGCUUCUCUCACACCCCUGGCUCGUUUGCUCCGCGACCCCAUGUUGGCGGAGAGGCGGGCGCGGUGGGGCCGGCGCGGGGCUUCCUCAUCCCCCCCACCACCGUCGCCGGGGGCCCACCCCGGCGCCCACCCCUGGCGCUGCGGCGGCAUCUCCGCGGGCGCCCCGGGCCGCCCCUGCCUCCUUCCACUCGCGUCUCCCCGCGCGUGCUCGCCGCCCCCUCCCGUGCCCAGCCCUGCCUCCGCCCUUGGCCUUUGGCUCCGGGCGCUGCCCCUCCCGCGUCUGUGGUCGCCCCCGACCCGGAGCGCCCGCGUCCUUCCUUCCCAGCGGCCGCCUUCCCUCCCGGGGCUGGUCCCCGGAUCCACACCCCCUUCUCCCUCGGGCUCCACCUGCCUCGCCCGGACACGCGGCCCUCCUGGUCAGCUGCCUUGAACUUGGUGUCCCGACCCCUUCCGCCCGUGCCACGGUACCGUCAGAUUCAGGUGCUGCGUGGACCGCAGCUCCUUAGCAUUUAA